AUGAAGCACCUCGCGGCAUACCUUCUCCUCACUAUCGGUGGUAACACCUCUCCAUCCGCCUCCGACGUCAAGGCCGUUCUCGAGUCCGUCGGAAUCGAGGCCGAUGAUGAGCGUCUCUCCACCCUCAUCUCCGAGCUCAAGGGCAAGGACAUUCAAGAGUUGAUCACUGAGGGAUCCAGCAAGUUGGCUUCCGUUCCAUCUGGAGGAGCCGGUGGUGCUGCCCCAGCUGCUGGAGGCGCCGCCGCUUCAGGUGGUGCUGCCGCCGAGGAGAAGGACGAGGAGAAGGUUGAGGAGAAGGAGGAGUCCGACGAGGAUAUGGGUUUCGGUCUUUUCGACUAA